AUGGGGGCCAAGCCAGCGGAGAGGUACAAGACUUUGUGCGCUGCCAUCGACAUGGGGACGGGCCACACCAGGAGCGGGCUGGCCGGGGACGAGCAGCCACGGUCCGUGGUGCCCAGCCAGGCGGGGGGUGGCCCCAUCCUCACCCACGGCGUGGUCACUGACUGGUACGGGCUGGAGGAGCUGUGGCACCGCGUCCUCUACCAGAAGCUGGACGUCUGCCUCGAGGAGGUGGCGGUGCUGGCCACGGACACCCUGCUCUCCCCUGCUGCCAACCGGGAGAAGGUGGCUAAGCUGCUCUUCAAGGGCUUCGGCGUGUCGGCCAUGCUGGUGCUGCCCCGCUCCCUGCUCGCCGCCUACUCCUUCGGCCCAACCACCCGCGUGUGGGGCAUCGGCACCUCCUAUGCAGCGGGGGUGCGGGAGGGCUAUGCGCUGCCCCACGCCAUCUUCCGCCUGGACGUGGCCGGGGACGCCCUCACCUUCUACCUGGGCUGGCUGCUGGGGUCCCACGGGGUCCACCUGGGCGCCGAUCCCCUGCACUGCUUGAAGAAGACCUGCUGCUGCCUCCUGCCGGGGGCCGGGGGGGCCCUGCCCCUCACCCUGCCCGCCCUCGCCGCCGGGCCCCGGGCGCUGCCGGCACGGCACGGCAAGGCCGGCAUGUCGCAGCAUGGUGUUUUGGGAGCUUUAGCAACGGGCGAUGGGUGCCUCCAGUGUCGUGCCAGCAUCCCAUCGUGGGGUCCCGCUCGGGCCCAUCCAAGAGGGCUGGGGGGGCCUGGGAGCCCUUUCUCCUUCUGA